AUGGGCAAAGUGGAAUUUUGCUUCCUUUGUCAGAACGCACUGAUUAAGCUUGGCUUCGGCUGGGCGAAGACGGAGGCAGGAAGAAAUCGCCCCUCGGCUUCUACCUCGCGAUGGAUCUCUCUCCUAUCCAGAAAGACCUCGCCUCCAAGUGCUACUCCGCCGUCGCUGACACCUGCGACGAUCUCAUGCUCAAGUUGGCGUCGCGGGGAAUCCGCUACCAAGACGAGUGGCCCUUCGCCAUCCAUCUCCUUGGACAUGUCUUUGCGAACGAUCUCAAUAGCGCGAGGUUUCUGUGGAAAUCUAUACCGCUGGAGAUCAAGGAGAGCAGACCGGAGAUUGCUGCUGUUUGGAAAAUCGGGCAAUGCCUAUGGACUCGGGAUUAUGCUGGGGUGUACGACGCGAUUCGUGGGUUUGAUUGGAGCGCUGAAAUUACCGCCAUGGUUGUUGCUUUCUCAGAAAACUAUACCAAGAAGAUGUUUCAGAUGUUAAAUUCUGCAUAUUCAACAAUUAGCGUCACCGAUGUAGCUCACUUUUUGGGAAUGAGUGAGGACCGCGCCAUAGAUUAUGCCUUGCAGCACGGGUGGAAAUUGGAUUCAUCUUGUAAGAUGGUUAUCGUGAAGAAGCCAAAGACGGUCACCGAGCGUAAGUUGGAUCCGAGCAAAUUACAGCGUCUGACGGAAUACGUUUUCCAUUUAGAGCACUAGAAUCCUCUUCAUUUUUUUCCUUCUAGUUUGCUUUCGGUCAGCUGCCUACCGAAUCAUUUCAGUUGAGAUAUUAAACUCCAGCUAGAUUGGACUGGUCUAACCGGGAAAACUGGAUUUGUCGUCAUGGUCAGAUUCAGUUCUUCAAUUGGAUUGAAAGUGCAAAUGACCUGGGUAAAAACAUGAUGGCCAGUUAAACUAAAGAAUCCUUCUUUAAUCACAUGUUGUGCAUGCUGAACCAAUUGCUUAGUCUUAAACCAUAAACUUAUCAAUUGGCUUGUAAAUAACAACACAAUCAAUGUUAUUGAACUAUUAUGUCUA